AUGUACAUCUUCGGCACUGCAAAUGAAUUUGAUUUUGGCCUUCACUGUAACUCAAUUGUUCAUGAAUCCAAACCAGCUGACGAGGAGUUCAAUAUCAUGCCUUUCUCUGGACGUCAAUAUGGUUACUUCAGUGGUGGUGAUAAAGUCCCAAAUAAUCCUCCUUCACGUUCCUACUCUGCACCCAAAUCGAAAAGGCUCCGUUUCAAGACUCACCACGUAUUUACAACCGAAGCUGAUGAUGUCUUUAUGGUGGAAGGAAACCUGAUUUUUCGAACCUCGUCUUACUAUGAACGGAGUAUCUCCUCUGGAAGCUCAUACGUUCGUGGGACACUGGACUUCGAUUUUCGAGGCUUCUGGUCUCGAACAACCGGGAAGCUUUGCAUGGUGGGAUCGAGUCAUGCUUACUCCAAAGAAGGUAAACUGCUUCACCUUGCUGCUGUUCUUAAGAUUAAUAAUCUUCAGACUUCAAGUAAUAUUAGUACUUUAGUCACCGGUACCAUGGAUAGCUUGAGUUCUGCUAAUGAUCCAAAUCACUUUGAGCAAAUAUCACUGCUGAUGUUUCCUCGAGUAAAUUACGCUUACACCAUGAUUUCAAAUCAGUUCAGUGAAGGGUGUCCUGGGGGAAUCGAUGUCCAACCGAUGUCGUCCCUCCGCUUAUCGCAAACUCGAACUAUUUGUGAUAUGUUAGGUGGAAGCAAUGCUUUCAAAUUGGAGUAUACUGGCAGUUGUAAUUUUUCAAAGAGUUGCAAUCCAUUUGGUGAUGGUAUUGGAUCAGUAGUAUCAUUGCGUAUGAUUCAGUGCUCAAACGAUAGGCAAAGCUUGAGGCUUCUGAUAGAAUUUCGGAACGAUAGCUAUCAGGGAUACUAUAGCUCUCCCAAUCUCAACACUUCAUUAAUUGGAGAAGGAUCUUGGGAUGCAAAGAGUAAUCGGCUUUGUAUCAUUGCUUGCCGAAUCUAUGAUGCAUGGAGCUCCUUGGAGAAGUCUCAUGUUGGAGACUGCACGACACGGUUGAGCUUAAGAUUCCCGGCAAUCUUGUCUAUCAGAAACACAAGCACCAUUGUAGGAGAAAUUUGGAGUGAGAAGCCUAGGAAUGAAGGUGGUUUCUUUGAUAGGGUCGAGUUCCGAAAUACUGGACGUUAUGGAGGACGAAUUCAACUUCAAGGUUUGAAAUAUGUAUACACGGAAAUGGCCGAAGUGAAGAAAUCAUGUCCAAAGAAGAAUCCUAAGACUAAAAGCAGUAGGGGACACUACCCAGAUGGCUAUUCUGGUAAUCUGGGUUUUAGAAUGUCGAUCAUCAAAGGUUCCAAAGGAAGAAUCGGAUGGGGUUCUUCGGUUCCUCUUGCGGUAGGUGAUCAGCAAGAUCAGAGAUUUCCAUCUCUAAUACCAUCCUCAAGCUCAAAGCCUAAAAGUUCUCGCGUUGAAUCCGAUUCCAGCAGUGGCUUGCUUAAUAUCAGCUAUAAAAUGAGUAUCAUGCUGCGUAGUUCGGAAUUGGAUGGUGGCCUUAAUACGGUUAACGAAUCUUCAAAUGAAUAUUUGAAAACAGAAAUCCGAAUUUCUGCUGAAGGGGUUUAUGAUACAGCAACAGGAGAAGUAAGAUCAAAGGAAGCAUCGAAAGCACACGUGAAGAAAUCGAUCCUCUAUCCUUCAAGCCCUGCAGUUUUCGGAAGAGCUUAUUAUCGCAGUUGGGUUACGGAAUCAAUUUCGAGAAUGGAUUUGGAGAUGGACAUGUUGGUAAUAUCCAAUUCUCUUGCAAUUAUCUUUGUAGCAUUUCAAAUCCUUCAUGUCAGGAAGCACCGUGGCAUUGGUCCUUUGGUUUCACUUCUAAUGCUUGUUAUUCUAGCCCUGGGGCACUUGAUCCCUUUGGUUCUAAACCUCGAAGCAAUGUUCAUUCAAGAUAGCAAGAGAUCGGUCUUGAUUAGAGGUGGAAGGUGGCUCGAAAUGAACGAGAUUAUCAUUAGAGUCGUUACCAUGGUGGCUUUUCUGCUGCAAGUCCGUCUUCUGAUGCUCUCAUGGACUGCUAGAUGCUCCACUGAAAAGAAAAAGACCUUGUGGAUUGCAGAGAAAAGGGGGCUGUAUGUGUGUGUUCCGGUGUACGUAAUUGGAGCUAUUAUCGCCUUUUCGGUUAAGUCAAGGCAGAAUGGACACCGAACAGUAAGGGCAAGGCAUUCUUGGUACUACAUAAAUAAAAUCAUUUUGGGGAAUUCAAGAGCUUAUGCUGGUUUGAUACUGGAUGCCUUUCUUUUCCCUCAAAUCAUCUUCAACAUGUUCCACAACUCGAGAGAACUGGCUCUUUCUCGACUCUUUUACAUCGGAAUCACCCUUGUUCGCCUCAUACCCCAUGGAUAUGAUCUGUACAGAGCAAACAAAUAUGCUGAUAUAGAUGACUCGUACAUGUACGGAGUUCAUGGUGCAGAUUACUACUCAACUGCUUGGGACUUCAUUAUUAUAUUGUGUUGGGUAUAUUCUUUGCUGUGA